GUUCGCCCCGGUUCUCGCGAAUGCAGCCUGUUCCCCCAUUGUCAGGAAUCUCCAGCUGAACUUUUUCGGAGGGCUUUGCUCCGACUCCCUUUCCCACAUCGUCUCAUCUAUCCGGGCGUCCCAAUCCCCUCCUUCGUCUCACUGCAACAUCAUCGCAAGACCGAGAAAUCACCGCGCUUGAGAGAGCCCUACCCUCCAACUGCUCAGGGUGAUUUGCCCCGCACAAUCGAUUCAAGAUGACUUCUCUCGCGGCGGCUCCUAUUGACCCGAUCACCAAUGGAUCUGGUGAUCGCGGCAAAAAGGUCGCUUACUUCUACGACUCGGAUGUCGGAAAUUAUGCCUACGUCUCGGGACACCCGAUGAAGCCCCAUCGCAUAAGGAUGGCUCACAGCUUGGUCAUGAACUAUGGCCUCUACAAGAAGAUGGAGAUUUACCGUGCGAAGCCCGCCUCGAAGUACGAAAUGACACAAUUCCACACCGACGAGUACAUCGACUUUCUCUCCAAGGUCACCCCGGAUAACAUGGAAUCCUACUCGAAGGAGCAGAGCAAGUACAACGUCGGUGACGACUGCCCGGUUUUUGACGGGCUGUUCGAGUUCUGCGGGAUCAGUGCAGGAGGCAGCAUGGAGGGCGCCGCGCGGCUGAACCGUAACAAGUGCGACAUUGCCGUGAACUGGGCGGGUGGUCUUCACCACGCUAAGAAGAGCGAGGCCAGUGGAUUCUGCUAUGUGAAUGACAUCGUCCUGGGUAUUCUGGAACUGCUGCGUUUCAAGCAGCGCGUGCUCUACGUUGACAUCGACGUCCACCACGGAGAUGGUGUCGAGGAGGCGUUCUACACGACGGACCGUGUGAUGACUGUGUCCUUUCACAAGUACGGCGAGUAUUUCCCGGGAACCGGCGAACUGCGCGAUAUUGGCGUGGGCCAGGGCAAGCACUACGCCGUCAACUUCCCGCUCCGCGACGGCAUUGAUGACAUCUCAUACAAGAGUAUCUUCGAACCGGUUAUCAAGAGCGUUAUGGAGUGGUACCGACCGGAAGCCGUCGUGCUCCAGUGCGGUGGCGACAGUCUUUCCGGCGACCGGCUGGGAUGCUUCAACCUGAGUAUGCGCGGCCACGCCAACUGUGUGAACUUUGUCAAGAGCUUCAACCUUCCCACUAUGAUUCUCGGCGGUGGUGGCUACACGAUGCGCAACGUGGCACGAACCUGGGCGUUUGAAACCGGUAUCCUGGUCGGAGACACCCUCGUGGCGGAGCUCCCGUACAACGAUUACUAUGAGUACUUCGCACCCGACUACGAGCUGGAUGUGCGUCCGUCUAACAUGGACAACGCCAACACCAAAGAAUAUCUGGACAAGAUCCGCACGCAGGUCGUGGAGAACCUCAAGCGGACUGCUUUCGCGCCUUCUGUGCAGAUGACUGACGUGCCACGCGAGCCUCUGGUGGAGGGCAUGGAUGACGAGGCCGAUGCGAUCCUCGACGACCUGGAUGAGGACGAGAACAAGGACAAGCGCUACACCAAGCGCCGCUUCGACCAGUACAUCGAGAAGCCCGGUGAGCUCAGCGACAGUGAGGACGAGGACGAGGCGGCAGCCAACGGCGUUCGCCGCCAGCCGGGCGAGAUCCGCCGACGGAACCAAGUCAACUACCGGAACCUCGACGUGAAUGACUCUGGACUCGACAGCGGCAUGGCUACACCGGCGGAUGCGUCCUCGAUCCCUGACGACGAUAUGGACACUGGAGAUGCGAAGAUGACCGAGGCUCCCGAGCCAGAGACCGAGGCGCCAGGCACACCUUCUAUUGCGGAGCCGCCGUCCCGCGCGGAGGAGGCCUCCACGACAGAGCAGACCGACAUGGCGCUGGACGGACAAGACCAGGCAGCUCCAUCGGCACCGAUCUCGCGGCAACCGUCCCCGAAGCCCCAAGAUGAAGACACCAUGAUGGAGGACGUGGGUGAUGAGGUGCCCGAAGCGGCGACUGCCGAACCCGCCGCAGAGGAGCAGGAAGAAGAGAAGAAGCCCAGCGUCAGCCCAGCACCUGAGAAGACGCCGGAACCCACAUCGGCACCCCGCGAACCAUCACCGGCGAAGGAGCCUGUGGAAGAGCCCUCGAUUGCGGAGCAGGAGCCCUCGAAACCGGCGGAGGCGGCGGAGACGAGCGAGGCGAAGAGCAAGACGCCAGAGGUCUCCAAGGACGAGGCGGCGAGCGAACAGGAGCGCAGCACGGAGACCAAGGAGGUGACGACGGAGGCGGCAGCGGAGGAGCCCACGAAGAGCGAGGAGUAGACUCGUUUUAGGGAAUGGCGCAACGGGGUGGAUGGUGUUUGGGAGAGCUUUCGAUUCGCAUGAACAUUACAUUACGAGAGCAGGGCGAUUGAUUUUUUUUUAUUUACUGUAACAAUGAACAUGAG